GAUCCGAAGCUGCCCGGAGAGAAGCGGCCGACGCGUUUCGUUCCGAAGCCCAGCGCGCGAGUGCAGGAGCGAAUCGACAGAGCUUUCGGCCAUCGGCUUUAUUUUCUGGCUCGCAGCGAGUCAGGCCCUGGUGAAAAACUCGAUGUUCUUGGCAGCACGGGCAACGUCUACCAUGUGGAUCUGCAGCCGCAGGGGAAUUCCUGCACUUGCCUGGACUUCGCAAAGGGAGGCGGUGUGUGCAAGCACCUCCUCUUCGUCACCUUGCGAGUCCUCAAGCUUGCGCGGGAUGACCACCGAGUGUGGCAGACAGGAUUCACUUCAUCCGAGCUGGCCCCAUUAGUUGAGAAGCUUCGGAGCGAGGAGUUCCGUGCGGCGGCUGCUGGCGUGCAGGCGGAUGCCACCAUCAUGCGUGGCUACCGGAAGGUCCAGGGCUCCCAGGAUGCCGUCGAAAGGCAGCCGCUGCCAGCUGACUGUCCCAUCUGCUUCGAGCAGAUCGAGUCUGAAGAGGCCGCUGAGUUCUGCCGCACUUGUGGCCACAACGUCCAUGCAGAUUGCCGCCGACGGUGGGCGGCAGCAAGCGGGCAAAGCAGCUGCCCGAUGUGCCGCAGCCCUUGGGGCGAGGCUGCCUCGAAAGCUUCUGAGGCGGAUGCACCGGUGAACCUGGCAGCAUACUCUGCUGAGCAUCGCGAGGCCUGA